AUGCCUCAUAUAGGCGAAGAUCUGGAUUCAUUUGAAAUUGAUUGCCAUUUGAUUAAUGAGGCAGAACAAUAUGAAGUGAUAUUAACACACUCUUAUAAUCUUAAGAUACUUACUCUAAAUAUUAGGAGUAUUACAAAAAACUUUGACAAUCUACUCAUUGCCAUCAAGCGUAUGCGAGUCAACUUAGAUAUACUGUGCUUAAUGGAAUACUGGUUAAACGACAAUACCACAGUUCCACAAAUUCCUGGGUACACUUCUUACAAUACUACUAAAUUUUCUAACCAAAAUGGAGGUGUGGUAGUCAACGUCAGGGACUUGUGGAACGCUGUAAGCAAAGAACCCAUUCUCGAAGACGCCAAUAGUGUUAUUAUAGAAAUACCCAAUGUUGUUACAAUUUUUGCAGUAUAUCGUUCGCCAUCCUGCAGAAGAGCUGAUAACUUCCUAAAUUCGUUGGAUACCAAUCUUGCAUUAUACGACGACAGACGACCAUUCAUUUUGACAGGUGACAUAAAUAUAAAUAUCGGAAACAUGUCUGACUGA